UCUUUCGGUUGCGAGUCGCGGCGGCCGAGCCUGCGGUCGGGCCGAGCCGGGAGCAAUGGCGACCUUUGUGAGCGAGCUGGAGGCGGCCAAGAAGAACCUGAGCGAGGCCCUGGGGGACAACGUGAAACAGUACUGGGCCAACUUAAAGCUGUGGUUCAAGCAGAAGAUCAGCAAGGAAGAGUUUGACCUUGAAGCUCACAGACUUCUCACGCAGGACAAUGUGCAUUCUCACAACGAGUUCCUCCUGGCCAUCCUCACGCGCUGCCAGAUCCUGGUGUCCACGCCAGAGGGGGCUGGUCCCCUGCCCUGGUCCGGUGGCUCCGCAGCCAAGCCCGGGAAGCCGAAGGGGAGGAAGAAGCUGUCUUCCGUGCGUCAGAAAUUUGAUCACAGAUUCCAGCCGCAGAACCCCCUCUCGGGAGCCCAGCAGUUCGUGGCAAAGGACCCCCAAGAUGACGACGACCUGAAACUGUGCUCGCACACGAUGAUGCUGCCCACGCGGGGUCAGCUGGAAGGGAGGAUGAUCGUGACGGCCUACGAGCACGGCCUGGACAACGUCACGGAGGAGGCUGUCUCGGCUGUGGUCUACGCCGUGGAGAAUCACCUUAAAGAUAUAUUGGCAUCGGUCGUGUCGAGAAGAAAAGCGUACCGGUUACGUGAUGGUCACUUUAAAUAUGCCUUUGGCAGCAAUGUGACCCCACAGCCGUACCUGAAGAAUAGCGUCGUGGUGUACAACAGCUUAAUAGAAAGCCCUCCAGCCUUCCCUGCUCCCUGUAUCGGCCAGAACCCGGCUUCCCACCCGCACCCCGAUGACGCUGAGCAGCAGGCCGCGCUCCUGCUGGCCUGCUCCGGGGACACCCUCCCCGCGUCUCUGCCCCCCGUCAACAUGUACGACCUGUUCGAGGCUCUGCAGGUGCACAGGGAAGUCAUCCCCACGCACACCGUGUACGCCCUCAACGUGGAGAGGGUCAUCACGAAGCUCUGGCACCCCAACCACGAGGAGCUGCAGCAGGACGAGGUGCACCGGCAGCGCCUGGCUGCCAAGGAGGGGCUGCUGCUCUGCUGAGGGGCGCAGGCGUCGUGACUGAGCACUGACCGUCCCGGGGCCACACCUCCAGGCUGCAGUGCGUCGUGUACAUAUGGCCUUUCCUAUGGAAAUGUGGCAUCAGCACGUUGUGUGUCGCUGCUGUGGAGCCGUGAACAGAACUCUGACUGGGCGAGGGACCCUUCCCCGUGGACGUGUCCCGCAGCGCGGGCGCUGAUAAAGCUCCUGCUGUGGGGACCAUCAGGCCCGAGGUUCAGGCUCCUGUGGUCUUCACGUCAGGAGGGUGACAUCCUAGAACAAAGACGCUUCAUCCCCGUGACCUGCAGGACAUCUGUGCUGUGACAUACACCCUGUACCUGGCAGGCUGGAGUGUCUGCCUUUCUUCUGAACUGUCUUGGGACUUGGUGGAAGUGACCUGCAGUGUUAGAAUCACAUACCUCCUUCAGUGGCCAGUUUCGUUUUAACAGAUGCGGCCGCACCCUGCAAAGCCAGGACCACUCCAGGGGCAGCCCUGCUCAGAAAGGCUGUGUUGGGACACCACACACCCUGGGAGCGUCACUGGCUACUCGGAAAAGGUCUCCUCGCAACUCAUGUCUCCUUUGCAGUCAGUGUGCGCAGACUGGCAGGUCACCCAGGCGUCUUCCUGCAGUUUCCAGAAGCCACGUGAACAGCUGCAGGUCCUAGGAGACGUGUCUGUCCUCUCAGGUGACGGAGUGAGAAUAACGUACCUUUGCAGUGUUACUGGUCGCCCGGUUCGUCCUUCUGCAGAUGUGUUGCUUUGUACUUGAGAUGGUGUUUGUUGGUGGUUGUGCAGUUGACCCCUGAACAAUGUGGGUGUUAGGGGCCCCGGCCCCUGACACAGUUGAAAAUUCACUUAAAAACUUGUGACUCCCCAAAACUUAGCUGUCCCUCAGUAUUCUCGGGGGAUUGGCUCCAGGACCCCCAGAUCCAAAACCAGAUGAUCUUAGACAGGUGUUCACUGAGGGAAGCUGUGUGGGCCCGUGAGGUUCCCACCACGUUCAGGGUCAGAACGGGGUUCUGGGGGGUUAGUGAUACAUGUACAAAUAUGUACAGAUGGGUACCUGGGACUGUGUAUUUGAUUUUGUACCUUAAAUGUGAUGAAUAAAGCUUUUUGGGAGAAAACGGUGUCUACUGA